AUGGCGCGCGCGGCGGGGCCCGAGCGGCGGCUCCUGGCCGUCUACACCGGCGGCACCAUCGGCAUGCGGAGCGAGCGCGGCGUGCUCGUGCCCGGGAGGGACCUGGCCGCGGUUCUGAGGAUGCUGCCCAUGUUCCAUGACGAGGAGCACGCCCGGGCCCGCGGCUUCCCCGAGGACACCCUGGUGCUGCCGCCAGCCAGCCCCGACCAGAGGGUCGUCUACAGGGUGCUGGAGAGCCAGCCCCUCUUUGACUCCAGUGACAUGACCAUCACCGAGUGGGUUCAGAUUGCCCAGACCAUCGAGAGCCACUACGGGCAGUACGACGGCUUUGUGGUCAUCCACGGCACUGACACCAUGGCCUUCGCCGCCUCCGUGCUCUCCUUCGUGCUGGAGAACCUGCAGAAAACCGUCAUCCUCACCGGGGCCCAGGUGCCCAUCCACGCCCUGUGGAACGACGGCCGGGAGAACCUGCUGGGCGCCCUGCUGCUGGCCGGCCAGUACGUGAUCCCCGAGGUCUGCCUGUUCUUCCAAAAUCAGCUGUUUCGGGGCAACCGGGUGACCAAAGUGGACGCGCGCAGGUUCGCGGCCUUCUGCUCCCCCAACCUGCCGCCUCUGGCCACCGUGGGUGCUGACGUCACGAUCAACCAGGAGCUGGUGCGCAGGGUCCGUGGGCAGGGCCGGCUGGUGGUGCACAGCAGCAUGGAGCGGGACGUGGGCCUGCUGCGCCUCUACCCCGGGAUCCCCGCCUCCCUGGUCCGGGCCUUCCUGCAGCCCCCCAUGAAGGGCGUGGUCAUGGAGACCUUCGGCUCCGGGAAUGGGCCCACCAAACCCGACCUGCUUCAGGAGCUGCGGGCGGCGGCCGAGCGCGGCCUGGUCAUCGUCAACUGCACCCACUGCCUCCAGGGUGCCGUCACCUCCGACUAUGGAGCUGGCAUGGCCUUGAGCGGAGCCGGGACUGUGUCAGGCUUCGACAUGACCUCCGAGGCGGCGCUGGCCAAGCUGUCCUACGUGCUGGGCCUGCCGGGGCUGAGCCUGGACGGCAGGAAGGAGCUGCUGGCCAGGGACCUGCGUGGGGAGAUGACGCCGCCCGCCGUGGAUGAACCCCGGCCCUCUCUGCGGGGCGGUGUGCUGGGGCGCGGGGUAGCCCAGCUCCUCAGUCUGAAACAGGAGGCCGAUGAGGUGUGGGACGCCCUGGUGCCCAGCCUGGCCUGUGCCGCGGCCUAUACGGGCGAGCUGGAGGCCCUGCAGGUGCUGGUAGAGCUGGGCAGUGACCGGAGCCUGGAGGACUUCAGCGGUCAAACCCCACUGCACGCAGCCGCGUGGGCUGGCCAGGCUGGGGCCGUCACCAUGCUGCUGCAGAGAGGGCUGGACGUGAACGCCCGGGACAAGGGCGGCCUCAGCCCCCUGCUGCUGGCCGUGAGGGGCAGGCAUCGGGGUGUCAUUGGGCUGCUGCGGGCAGCUGGGGCCUGCCUGUCCUCCCAGGAGCUGGAGGACUCGGGGACGGAGCUGUGCCGGCUGGCGUCCAGGGCGGACUGCGAGGGCCUGCUGGUGUGGGGGCAGGCGGGGGCCGACCCGAGGCAGCCCGGGUAUGACGGGCGCAGCGCGCUGCAGGUCGCAGAGGCAGCUGGGAACCUGGAAGUGGUGGCCCUCCUGCAGAACCUUUGGGGUGGGGCUGGUGACCAGGCCCCGGGCGCAGCCACCCCACAGAGCAGCCCUGGAGGCCUGGCCAUGGCCAGGAAGCCCCCGAGCCUGGAGGGGCCCUGCUGGGCCCGCCCCGCCCGGACCCCAGCACCCACUGGGCCGGGUGGACUGGGCUCCCAGCUGGCUCCCCGCCCCCAGGGCGUCAGCUGGCCUUCUGGAAGCCUCUCCCUCUGGAAGUGCUGCCUGGGGUCUAACCUGAAGCUCUCCUGCUGUGGCGUGAGCUGUUCCUUCCUGUUGAGACCUGCUGGAGGGACGGUGCCGCCUGGCUCCCCCCGGACCCUGUCCGUGCUGUGCACCCCCUGCCCCUGCCCCCUGCCCCCCACCCUGCUGCGGGAGCCGCUUCCCAUUCUGUGCCCAGGACGCAGCCUGAAGGACGUUGCUGGGGAGAGUGGCCAUAAAGUCCCUCUGAGGACCGUUCCCCCCACAGCCUGGCUCCAGGGCCUUCUGCCGCUCGUGGGCCCCUUGGCCUCGCUCACUCCAGGCCCACCCCGGGGAGGCAGAGAGGGCGGCCUGGGCCGGUCUUCGCCGUGA